CGUGGCGUGAUCGUGAUGAAAUUUAAGGCACUCUGCGUGAAGUUAGGCAAGUACCGCACCCGAAGCCCGAGCGUGUCAUUAUUAACCUGCCCCCCUUCAUAAAACUCCUCCGCUCGACUCCGCUCCUCCUAGACUGCAUCUCCUCCACCUCCUUCGCCGGAAUCAAUGGAAGAGAUCACAGUUAGGUUACCGAUCGUCGCCUGGAAUUCGUCGGAGAACGUGCUGUUCCUACUCCUUUGACCUCAAAUGGAAUUUUUGUGAUUAGUAGCGGAGAAUUUUUCGUUUAUUUUCUGACAAAAUAUUUGUUGAAAUCGGUGUUGAGUAGCGGGAGUAGUUGAGAUUUGAGAUCGGUGUGAGUAGGAAAGGUAGCAUUUUGGUCGUGAUCGUUUGAUCGAUGCAUUUCCCGAUGAAGAUCCAGCCGAUCGACGCCGGCGGAGCUGCGGAACUUGCUCAGAGGAGCGACCCAGCGAGGCCGGCGGCCAAGUCGCGGCUGAAGAGGCUGUGGCAGUUUCCGAGCGUUCUUAGGUCUUCCUCGGCCGAGAAGCUCGCCGGAGCCGGAGACGAGAGAGAAAAGAAGAGGGAGGACGCCGGCGAUCUAGAUGCGAUGCUUUUCCGCUUCAGCGAGGAAGGGAGCCACGAGAAACCGCCGAGGGGGCGCUGCAUCUGCUUCAACGCCAAUUUCGAUGACAGCUCCGACGACGACUUCGAGGCCCGAGACGCAGAUGCGCCUCCGGACGCCGCCGAGGUGAUCAAGGGAUUGGUGCCCUGCGCGAGCGUGACGGAGAGAAAUCUCUUGGCGGACGCGUCGAAGAUCUUGGAGAAGGCGGUCUCCGAGAACAAGCAUGUUAGCCGGAGAAUGGUGGUGGACGGUCUUCGCUCCGCAGGCUACGACGCCGCCAUCUGCAAGUCUCAGUGGAAUAAAAAUCCCUCUUUUCCCACAGGGGAGUACGAGUACGUCGACGUGGUGGUAGCCGACGGCGGCGGGCACCGCCUCCUGGUGGACGUGGACUUCAAGUCGGAGUUCGAGGUGGCGCGGCCGACCAAGUCUUACCGCGCCGUACUCCAGAACCUCCCGUCGCUGUUCGUCGGCCCGCCCGACCGGCUCCAGCGGAUCGUCGCCCUCGCGUCGGCGGCCUCGCGGCAGAGCCUGAAGAAGAAGGGCCUUCACGUUCCGCCCUGGAGGCGAUCGGACUACAUGCAAGCCAAGUGGCUCUCCCCUAGUUACCAGCGCACGACCGACUUCGAAACCCAGGACGAGAACAGCUCCGGCGGCGGCGGCGGCGGCGGCAGCGUCAUUCUCCGGUCGAUCUCAGCACUUCAUCUUUCCAACGAGUUCAACAGCUCCGCUGGGGAAGAUGAGACCAUAAAAGUGAAAACUGAGCCACGGGGAACAUCGCCGGCGAGCCCGAAGGCCGGUGAUAAGCUCAUCUCCGGCCUUUCUUCCAUCCUCUAACAAGGGGAAAAAAAAACUUUUUCUGUUUAUCGAACUCUUUACUGCUGGCGAGGAUUAGAAUUCUAGCGAAUCUACGGGUCUUCCAUGAACUGUUCAACAAGAAUAUUGAUUAAAGUUGAACUCUUUUACUCUUGGAAGACGAACAUAAUUUCGUCGUGUUUGUAAUUAAUGGAUAAGAAAGCAAUCUUUUGGUUGAGUCGA